UUGUUAACUGUUUUGAGAAGGCAGGAGCCGAAAACGCCCUUCUCCGCGAAAUUUAUUCCUCCUCUCAUCGGUUUCCAGGCCACCAUCUUUUGCGUUAAUUGGUCCUUGGUCGAAGCCAUCUCUUCCUCUGUGAAUUUCUCCUCUAAAUUCGGCUCUCUUUCGUUCUGGGUUUAUCCGUAAUUCUUUUUGUAGCUAAUUUUAAAUCCUGGGCAUGUCAUUCGCUCCUAAAAUUUUCGAAUUCGAACAAAUUAAGGUUUCUUUCCCUCUUCUUUUGUCAAAGUUGAAUACUUUGUUCGUUUUGAAUGUGUCCGCAAUUGGAAUCUUCUCCCUUUAAUCGCUUUCAUAAUUUUUUUGCUUUACGGGUUUUCAUAAUUUGCUAGCAAUGUCUAUAAGCUUCCAAGCACAUGCCUUUGACUAGCUUUUCUCGGUAAAAGGAUUUGCUUUUACUUCUUUUUCUUUUUCCUGGAACAAAAAAUGGGUUCAGAUGAUAAGAUUGAGGGAUUUAAUGGUGGUUGUGAAAAACUUAGUGCUUCAUGUCCUCUUGAUGUCUCUACAUCUCGUGAAGUGAAACCUAGGAGAUUGUCGGAGAGUUCGUUGCCUGAUGUGUCUAAUAGAAUUACGCUGCUGAAAUUUGGUUCCCCUUCUGCUAGAUUCAAGAGAAUGACAGAGGAAAGAGAUGAGGUUUCACGGUCAGUGAACAGCUCAAGCAGCCACAAUUUCCGGGAAAGAAUCAGUGUGGUGUUUUCCCGGAAACUCGAGUGGGCUUCCCUGGUGAAAAUGGGUAAGCAUUGGCUUAGAAACCCGUUUAACAUGGCUCUUUUCCUGUGGAUUCUUGUGGUUGCUGUCUCUGGUGCGAUUCUAUUCAUGGUUAUGACCGGUAUGUUGAACAGUGCGUUGCCCAAGAAAUCGCAGAGAGAUGUCUGGUUUGAAGUUAACAACCAAAUCCUCAACGCAUUGUUCACUCUGAUGUGUCUGUAUCAACAUCCGAAACGGUUUUACCACCUCGUGCUUCUCUGCAGAUAUAAGCAAGACGAUGUUACAACACUUAGGAAAAUAUACUGCGAGAAGGGGACUUACAAGCCAAACGAGUGGAUCCACAUGAUGGUUGUUGUACUUUUGCUUCACUUAAACUGUUUUGCUCAGUACGCGCUAUGCGGUCUUAACUUAGGCUAUAGAAGAUCCGAGAGACCCGCCAUUGGUGUGGCUGUAUGCAUAUCUGUUGCAAUAGCAGCUCCUGCUGCUGCUGGUUUGUACACCAUCCUUAGUCCACUAGGGAAAGAUUAUGAUCCUCAAGGAGACGAGGAGAAUCAAGUGCAGUCUGUGGAAGAAGGAUCGGUUAGUAAUGGCAAGUUAUCCCUCGAAAGAAGAUAUUCAUUUGCUCUUACGGAUGUGAGUAAUCCUGAAUGGAGAGGUGGAAUUCUUGAUAUAUGGGAAGAUAUUUCAUUGGCUUACCUCUCUCUGUUCUGCACUUUCUGUGUGUUUGGUUGGAACAUGGAGAGGAUCGGUUUUGGGAACAUGUAUGUUCACAUUGCAACUUUUGUUCUCUUCUGUUUGGCUCCUUUCUUUAUAUUCAACUUGGCUGCUAUAAACAUCGAUAACGAGAUGGUAAGGGAAGGACUUGGAUACACUGGAAUUGCGCUUUGCUUGUUUGGUUUGCUCUAUGGAGGUUUUUGGAGAAUACAGAUGAGGAAAAGAUUCAAGUUGCCGAGUUAUAACUUCUGUUGUGGUAGGCCCGCGAUUGCUGAUUGUACACUCUGGUUAUGCUGUUGCUGGUGCUCUUUAGCUCAAGAAGUACGGACUGCGAAUUCUUAUGAAGUAGUGGAGGAUAGAUUCUGCAAAAGAAGAGAAGAGAUUGAUGAGGUUUUGGUGUCUCCGUUGCCUCGUGAAGAAAGUGAGAUUGAUCCGAGCUGCUCGCCUAAGAAGAUGGCCAUGACAAUGGCUACUUCUUCUUCUCUUAGCUUGAUGAGCGAACCGAAAGAAGAAUCUUGCUUGGGAGUGAAAAGUGAUGAAGCUCUAAGUCCACCUUUUCCUCCAUUCAUACACAGAGAAGAUAGUUAGAACUUAGAAUCAAAUUUUGGUUCCAAUUUUUUCUACUUAAGAAAGUAGUAAACAUUGUAUGACCAGAUCGAUUAUGGAUCCGUUUAUAUGGUUGAGGUUAUAUAUGUAUCUCUAAUUUUCAAUGGUAUUUAAGUUUCAAUUUGGUUUCGGUUUUCC